AUGGCUGGCUCGCGCCUGGACUCCGGACCCACAGUAUUGGAGACGGUGAAUAAGAGCUUUAUCCACAGACAUGUUAAAUACCUGGAUGUUUUCUUCCUUCUAGAGAAACCUGAAGUAAAGGUAAAUUCGAGCAAGAAGAAAGUUGUCAUUCCACAGAUCGUUGUCACUAGAGCCUCAAAAGAGACUCUAACCAGCGACAGUUCCGUUGGAAGCAAAGAGCAGAGAACCAUCCGGGAGCAGGUGGAAUGUGGCCCCUACUGCCGACACAGAAACCCUAGCACAGUAGCCGCCUAUGAGUCACGAGAAUAAACAAACGCCCCGAGGAGCUGUCGUUUUUCGCUGUGUGACAGCGGUGGUGGCGUCCUGCCCUGUGAGAAGCUGCAGCCGCCCCUUCAGGGAAUGAGGACCCCCCAGGGACCACCCUGGGCUCACCUGCCCCAAAGCUGCUGGCAGCUUGGCAGAGGGCAAGAGCGACUCUGGCUCAGAGAGUGAACUUUGUGGCAGUAAGUGACUUGGUAAACCUCUGGUGUCACUGCCUAUACAGAGUGACGGGCAGUCGGCAGGCAGCACAUCGCACUCUCUUGGUGGGCCAUUAAAGUCCUUCCCAGUCACC